UAUUGCAGCUUUGCUACUCAAUGGUAAUUGCCCCUGAUGAUUUGAUUUGUUCCGUGAACCUGACUUGUUCUGCAGUUCAUUCCUCUACACGUUGCUGGCAUGCCCAUGCCACCGGACUUUUACGACUGGGUUUCUUACGGUUCGCAACUCCAGCUGCCCAUCGACCGACCAUCGACCGACCUAGCCGUUCUGAUUGCUCGAUUCGUUGAAACAUCGUCGAUCAUUCACAAUCAUGUCAUCAGUGAUGGAAAACCAAAGACGGCCAGCGUGAUUCAGCAGCUUCUAGAUCUUGAUAAAGAUUUGGCCUCGUGGGAGAAUGGGCUGGAGGGGGAUUGGAUCUACCGCACCGUCCACGCUACCCAUCUCCCUCCCAAGGCGGUAUUCCAGUGCGAAUACCACAAAUACCAUGACGUCUGGACCGCUCGAAUCUGGAAUUACUACCGAUGGUGCCGAAUUCUAGUCAAUCAGAAUUUGCUGGAUCUGACGAACAAGAAUCCGGUGUCCAGUUUAUCACUGGUAUCAGCGGCUGCGCGGGACAACUUUUUGAACUUGAUUCGACAAUUGGCCAGGGAUAUACUUGUUAGUGCGCCGACACAUUGGCGACACCCGGCCCUAGACGGACCGGCGCAAAUAACAGUGGAAAGUCCCGGCGGAGGAGGAGCUGGAUCAGCAGGACUGCCGGCGUUGCUCUUCCAUCUAAAAGUGGCGGGCUGCGCUCCUGGCGUGCCCAAAGAAUAUUGGGAAUGGGCGUUGGGAAUCAUCCAAACAAUUUGGGGCGACAUGGGGAUGUUGCACGCAAGAUCGAUGAUGGAAGCCAUGCGAGCGCACGAAGACACGGUGCUGAGAACUGGGGCAGCUGGGAUUUUGGCAGACGACUGGUAGACGGGGGAACCGGAAAAGGGAAAUGGCGCAAUGGGAUUGGGUAUAAGGAUGGGUUUUGGUUUUGACGGCUUUGCGAGGGUCCGGAGCAGCGGUUAGGUCUGACUGGUUGAUACCAUCGGUUUUGAAGCGGAUAUCUUCUCCCGAGCUGCAUGAAAAAUGACAUGACAACUUGAUGAAAUCUUAGGUCUGAGAGAUAACCAGGAGCAACUUGGUGAGCGACAGACUAAAUAGGUGACUUGCAAGAGUUCUUGACGAGGUAAUCCUCGACGACAUAGCCGAUGAGUUCCAAUACUAUCAGCACUUCGCAAUGUUGAUAAUAACCUGAUUACAUUUAUAUCUAUCUUCAC